AUGGACAUGAAGAGGAGGAUCCACCUGGAGCUGAGGAACCGGACCCCAGCAGCUGUUCGAGAACUUGUCCUGGACAAUUGCAAAUCAAAUGAUGGGAAGAUUGAGGGCCUAACAGCUGAAUUUGUGAACUUAGAGUUCCUCAGUUUAAUAAAUGUAGGCUUGAUUUCAGUUUCAAAUCUUCCCAAACUACCUAAAUUGAAAAAGCUUGAGCUCAGUGACAAUAGAAUCUGUGGAGGUCUGGAUAUGUUAGCAGAAAAACUUCCAAAUCUUACACAUCUAAACUUAAGUGGAAAUAAACUGAAAGAUAUCAGCACCCUGGAACCUUUGAAAAAGGCGGGCUGUCUGAGGAGCCUGGACCUGUUUAACUGUGAGGUCACUAACCUCAGUGACUACCGAGAGAGCGUCUUCAGGCUCCUGCCCCAGCUGACCUAUCUGGACGGCUAUGACCGAGAGGAUCGUGAGGCCCCAGAUUCAGAUGCCGAGGCGGACGGUGUGGAUGAAGACGAGGAUGAUGAGGAAGGAGAAGAUGAGGAUAAGGAGGAGGAUGAAGACGGCGAGGAAGAAGAGUUUGAUGAUGAAGAGGAUGACGAUGAAGAUGAAGAUGUAGAAGGGGAGGAGGAUGAAGAUGAAGUCAGUGGGGAGGAAGAAGAAUUUGGACAAGAUGGAGAAGUUGAUGAAGAUGAUGAGGAUGAGGAUGAAGACGAAGAUGAAGAUGAAGAAGAGGAAGAAAGCGGGAAAGGUGAAAAGAGGAAGAGAGAAACAGAUGAUGAAGGAGAAGAUGAUUAA